CACCGCCGCUUUCCGCCCCGCCGAGGGAGGGGGCACCGCGGGAUGUGGUGGAGGCUGCCCCGGCCCGCGGGGGGAGGCGGCGGGCUCAGAUUGUCAGCAGCCAUUGAUGCCUGCAGGCUCUCCUCAUAAAAAGAAAACUGGAGAAAAGGUUACCUGAGGCCAGAAGCUCAGCGACAGAUAAGAGUUUUAGUCCCUGGGUGCCUGCAAGCCUUGCAGCCCAGAAGAGCUCCAACAUGGCAAGCAGCACUGUGGAGACUUUAAGAACUGCUCUCUACGCAAACAGUGCCCAAACAACUUUGAAUUCUUACGCUGUAAUUCAGCUGCAAAUAGUGCAGUAGCUCCCCCUAACAGGGUAACAGUGUUGACCACUACUGGAAAUAUGCCAGGACGCUGCAAAAAUCUUUCAUGUUGCAAGAGCCCACAGUUAGAAAACACAGUGAUAGCAGCUUACCCUGCUGCAACAACAAGCAAAGGAGAUGUUUCUGCUGUAUGCUGUACACAGCAGAAAUGCCACUGCACUAAAGUAAGCAAGCUCCCAAACAUGCAUGCUGUGGACAAGGCAGAAGUGAAUAACAACUGUGAAUAUCAAAAGAGAGAUGAUAUUUCUCAUUCUGUUGGUGCACACGAUAGCUUUAGUUCAAGUUUCAGCUUCAUACAGCUCUCCCUGGACUUGGCCUCUGGAGUAGGCAGUGCUGAAAGCAAGUCACUUGUCAAGGAAGAUGAGUGUGUUCUGCAUCCAAGCACUGCAGUAAAUCUGCAGAAGCCAGAAGAGAUGGUGCAAACUCAUGAGCACUUAGGAGCUUUGCAUUGCUUCUCCAGGCCCAGUGCAGACUUGGAGUACAAAAAUGAGACCGCAGCAAAUUAUAAACUACAGGACUGUGAGACUGUCUCUCUCUCAGAUACAGAUGCAACAUUUUCAUGUUCUACAGAUUCAUCAGAUGCAGCAUCUGCUGGCUCUUCUGUCACCUCAGGCUAUGAAAGCAGCUUUACUGUUAGUGACCACAACUGGGAUACUUUGAUGAAAAAGUAUGAACCAGUGCUACAGGACUGCCUGCUUGGCAACCGCAGCGUAUUAAAGGUAAAAUCCUUGAUCUUACGGCUUCAGAGGCUUCAGGAAAAAGCAAUAGAAGAAGAUGACUAUGAUAGAGCUGAUAAAUUUAGACGGAAACUGGAAGAAUUAGAGAAAGAGAAAGAUUCUUUAAAAUUUCAGCUUCCUUCAAGGCAUCCUUCAAUUAGCAGCUUUUUGGAUAGGUUUGUUACCCAAGUUCAAGCAGCAUUGCAUUGGAAUGCUGAUAAUCGGAUUAGACGGGAAGAAGCCCAGCUUUGGCAUGGAAAUGAACAUAGACUUUUGAGAUCCGCUUACCAGGAGAGGAUGCAGGUUUUGGCCACAAAACGAAAUCAACUUUUUCAAGAGAAGAAAUGUUUACAGAAAGAAAUUGAAGACCUUCGAGCAAGACUGGCUAUAUUAGAAGCAAAAGAUGAACAACUAAGAAAAGAAAUUGAAGAACAAGAUAGGCUUAUUCACUCACAGGACUGUGAAUUGACUGCUUUACUUGGCUGCGUUUCUUUGAGAGAACUACAGGAAAUAAGCAAGGCUGUGGAUGACAUGUUAGCAUCCUCCUAUCAAAUUCAGUUCAGUCUGGAACUUCCAGGGACAAUAAAGAGCCUUCAAGAAAAAGAUCAGUCAUUCAACACGUCCAUUAAAGAAACUACUGUGAAAGUUUGUACGAGUCAGAAACUCUGCAGUACUUUGAGGAGGAAAGUGAGUGAUAUUGAGACUCAGCUGCCAGCUCUACUUGAAGCCAAAAUGCUGGCUGUUUCAGGUAGUAAUUUUGGUACUGCAAAGGAUCUGACAGAAGAAAUAAGAUCAUUAACAUCUGAGAAGGUGGGACUGGAAGGACUUCUCAAUGAACUGUUGGUUCUGAGUGCCAGAAAUGUCCGAAAAUUAGAAAGAAUAAAAGAUGAUUACACCAGACUGAAACAAGAACUUGAAGAAGGAGAGGCUGCUUUUGUGACCAGUGUAAAAGAAAACGCUGAAAAGUACAUGGAGAUGCUGGAGGAUAAACUACAUAGCUGCAGCAGCCAGCUGCUCCAAAGAGUGUGGGAAGCUGACUUGGAGGCCUGUCAGCUGUUGAUCCGUGGGUUUCAACUGAAAGAAAGCAGUUGCUGUGUUUUUGAGGAAGAGGAGAACCAAAUGGAUGUGAUGGAGAUGACUGCUGAUGGCCCAUCUGAUUCUGAGAAAAGAAAAGAAGGUCGCUUUCCAAAGGGCACAGAGUGGGGCACUGCUUCCUGCCCCAAACACAGUGAACUGAAAGAGGUUAUGGAAGGCAUUUCAUUUGGAGCAGAGGGCCAUUUAUCCGAGGAGUUCUUCAUAUUUUCUGCAAAGCUGGGAGAAAAAUGUGAAGCAAUAAGUGAGAAACUGGUGAAUCUGGAAGAUCAACUACAAACUUCCAUCUGCAGAGUUGAUGAAGGAGUUAUUCAUAUCCUUUUUUGAUAUAAGGUAUAUAUAUGUAUGAAUUUCUGUAAAUAUGUCUGUGAAAUACUUGUCUUUCAGAUUCACAUGGAGUCCUAAUUCUUAAUGUAGAUUAAAUAUAUUAAGAAGGGGAGAACUGAUUGUCUUGCUGAACUGGGUAUUUUUGUUGUAGCAUGUUUUCCUACAGUGCAUUUUCACUGUGGUCUGAUCCAGUUUUAAUUGAUUUAAACAGAAGUUAAUUCUUUGUAAAUUGAGAUUAGGCGCAGAAAAGCCUUUAUUCUACUGUUAAAAUCCUUUUGUUUGUAAUGCUCAUAUAGGUAAAUAACUAGUGCUCCAAAAGCUGCAUGGAUGCCUGCAUCCAUGCACCUGCAUUUCCCAACAAGAUUUAGCUAAAUUAAAUGCUGCGUCAUUGGCUUAGACUGUUUAUAUUGUCACAUGUAGUUUGGGCUUAUUUCCUUUUUAAAAAAUAGAGAGCAGAUACGUCAUGUGGCCUGCUGUGCAAUUUGAUCCACUUCUAACACUCCAGUGCAAGUAACCAGAUACAAGAUGUUGCCUUAUAAAGCAUCCUUAUUUCUGUCUGUGCUUCAUCUGUCAUUCAGUAUCUGAUUGAAGAUUUGCUUAAUCUUUAUGAGGCAUUUUUGGGCCUACAUCUGUGGCCAUUUUUCAAAAUUUAAGAGCACAGAGUGUUUUUUUGUUUGUAACUUUCAUAGAAAAACUUACCACAAAAGAGAUUUUUUUUUUUCCUUUUAAGAAAGUGAAAAAAUAAGAACCAGUGAGGAAGAGGAAGGUUAGAGUACUUAGCUUGUUAAGUUUUAGUGGAGAAGAGGUGGCAGACAACUGGAUAGUAAAGAAAGAUGAAUAAAUUCAGGCUGGAGAGAUUAUCAGAGGAGUCCUUACAGACACCUGAAGGUGAGUUGAGAUGGCAGUGGUGUUAGGAAGGGCUCAGU